CUCGGUUCCCCGUUCCCCCUCAAGGGCGGGGAACGGGGAACCGCGGCGGGGGACGGCCGCGACGCGGGGGCGGCGGGUCCGGCAUGACGCAGCACGGGCUGGCGGCGUGAGGGCCGCCAUCUUGGGAUCCGUCCCGGGCUCCGAUAGCCGGUUAUGGCUUCUAAGCUGUUGCGGGCGGUGGUGCUUGGCCCCCCCGGUUCGGGGAAGGGGACGGUGUGCGAGAGGAUCGCCCGCAGCUUCGGGCUCCAGCACCUCUCCAGCGGGCAAUUCCUGCGGGAGAGCCUCGGCGGAGGCGGCGAAGUUGGCGUCUUGGCAAAGCAGUACCUUGAGCGAGGCCUUCUGGUGCCGGACCAUGUCAUCACGCGCGUGAUGAUGACGGAGCUGGAGAAGCGUCGAGAGCAACACUGGCUGCUCGAUGGUUUCCCUCGGACACUGGGGCAAGCCGAGGCGCUGGACAGGAUCUGCGAGCUGGACCUGGUGAUCAGCUUGAACAUACCCUUUGAGACACUGAAGGAUCGCCUGAGCGCCCGCUGGGUCCACCCGGCCAGCGGGAGGGUGUACAACAUGGACUUCAACCCCCCCCACGUCCAGGGCAUCGAUGACCUGACGGGUGAGCCGCUGGUCCAGCGUGAGGACGACAAACCCGAUGCCGUUGCUGCCAGGCUCAGAAAGUACAAAGAUGCUGCAAAGCCAGUAAUAGAGUUGUACAAGAGCAGGGGCAUCCUUCACUCCUUCUCGGGGACAGAGACCAACAAGAUCUGGCCGUACGUGUACACCCUGCUUUCCAGCAAGAUCCCACCCGUUAUUUCGGAUGAGGAGAACUAAACAGCCCAUGCCAAGGACCAAGAGUUAACGCCAUCAGGGAGUUGCUUUCUCUGCACGGUCCUGGGGCUGUGCUCAGAUUAGGUGAUGGUGCAGUAUCUAAAGUCCCUUUCCUGGGUGUACGGGGUGACAUCUGUGGAUACACCGUUACAGACAGUAUCGGGGGAAAAGAUCUUUGCUUAUAAGGUCAAGUCUGCUAGAAUAAGGGUUUUUUUUCUCUUUUGAGGCUAUAAAGUAUUCCUGCCUGCGAUCCAAGUACACACACAGAUUAGCGAUGCAGAGCUGGGUAACGAUCAUACCAGGUUUACACAGCUUGCCAUGACGUCCCCGCCACCCCCAUACAAAGCCCAGUCUCUGUUUGAGCCUUCAGCCUACCAUCCUUUUCCUCCCCGCUACCAUUUACCGCAGAUUACUCUCUAGGUUGUUGGGGUUUUUUUUUAAAUAUAAAUUGUUUUCUAUAAAAUUUAUUUCUCAGAGAAAUAAGGCUCUAAAAAGCAAGACUUAGCCCAGUGGGAAUUGGUGAGCGAUGUGGAAAACAUUUACACUACAAAGCUCAGAAACAUGAAGAUCAUAUUUCCGGUAUUAAUACACAUAAAAGAGGGAAAGCAUUGGAGGUAAAACACGCACUUGUGCUUCUUCCGUAGACAGAGGUGAAACCCCUCUUAUAAAAAGCUGCUGUACAGUCUAGUUUUCAUGAGGCGCUGCGACACUGAGCAGGAUCUGUGCUGGGGAUGAGCUGCGCUCCUUUGUGCUUACCUUGUUUGUAGCUUUUCAUACUACAAGAUACGGUCGUGUCCUAAGAGUUUCUCCCGAAGAUGUAUUUUAAUGUCUGCUUCAGUUCUGGGGAGAAAUCAAGUCAUUCCAUCUCCUGUGCUGCCUUUUGUCCCUGAGCUCCCCCGGCGAGGGGGUGUUCCUUAAGCAGUUCCCGCUGCGGCCGCAGCAUUCCCAGCAGAAGCGGCUCCCUCCCCACGAACGCGGGACGCGAGCCUUCCCUUCCCCGGGACGCAUGCAGGGGCUGCCGAGGGCCAUGCCCAGGCAUUUCCCCGAGAUUUACAGCAUCACCUGCGCGUGUCGCCCCCCUUUUCGCGCACAGGAGCUUUGGGGCCGGGUGGAGUGGCUUUUCUCAACUGGAAGUACUGUAACCCCCUUUGGUGGUAGGAUGCAGUACCUAAGCAAAGGGGAUGUUCUUUAUGUCUCCUCGAGUUGCCUUAUUUUAUAGAAUAUAUAUUUAAGAAAAAAGCAAGAAAUGUAUUUUUAAAAGUUUAAAAAAAAAAAAAAGCGCUGAAUUUUAGCAUCGACUUUUGGGAACUCUGCACGAAGCCGCUUGUGUUCGCAGAGCGUGCUGCAGGCUGCCAGGGGGGGCUCAGCAGGAGGGCAGAGAACCUGUCACUCCCCGACACCCGUUUGAUUAAUUAGAGCAGCCUGGGCAAGUUUCUGUUGCUGACAUGUCACUGUUUUUAUUUUUGCUUGGAGAGCGGCCCCGCCGCCGGGGAGGGGGAGCUGGCUGGGUUUUUUAGGGACGCACGGGCUCCGUGUGCGAAACUUCAGCACAUCCCCAGGAGUCUUUUAUCCCUGCUGAGCCACCCGCAUCCUGGCGCUAUCAGAGGAGCCCCCGAUGUUUGCGCUCUCUGUCGGAGGCAGUUUUGCCCUGGUGUUCUCCUGAUAACAGUCAGAGGCCGUUGGGCAUCUUCCGAGUGGGACCUGCCCCUGUGCUGCCUGCUCGCUGCCUGCCUGCGGGUGAAAGCCAUGGUGCGGCGGCGGCAGGGGAGGGCUCCGCAUCCCGCCUGGAUGGGAAAUUCCCGGGUGGGAGACCAGAGGGACCAUCAGGUUUCACUGCUGUCCUUGGGGGCCUUUCCAUCCCCCCGCCCUGAAGCUCCCGGGCUGGGAGGAGGCAAAUCUUCCACCCUGCAACGAAAUCCUGUUUAAGAAAGAUUUUAGGUUUUCCCACGACCCUCGGACGGAGGUCUGUGCCGUUUUUAAACACAAAUCUAGAAAUAGCCAAAAAUGUGCGUGCUCUUCUCUUUCUAACAGUGUUGGGCAGGGGGGGAGCAGAGGACGGGGUGGGGGGUUAGGCUUUAAAAGCAGCCUGGCCGCGGUGGGCGGCUCUGCCAGGGCCGAGCGCUGGGCAGGGGGCUGCUCCCUGCUUUCCCUUGCCCGGCUCUCGUGUCUCAUCCUUCUCUGCUGCAAAACGCCUCCUGGUGCAGCGCCCAGCAGCAGGACAGAUGUUUUUGCCCCAGGAGAGCCACCCAAGCACUUGUUUUAAAGACUUCGAGCCCUAGAGUAGAUGUAGAAAUCCCGUGACUCUGCAUGCAUCGAGCCCUUGGGAUAGGUUUUUCUACAAGAGUUGUUGUAUGGUUCAUUUUCAUAGACCAAAUACUGGCAGGGAUGAGGUCCCGCAGUGAUACGUGUCCCUCGCCUUUCCUCCCCGCCGCGCUCCCCUUUGGUACUUUACUGUGAAUCUCACGCCUUUUCUAAAGCGACAGCAAUUUUGUACCGACCCAAAAUACUGUGUCUCCCCGCGCGCGGGGCACUGCUGGCACGUCGCGCUGAGUUUUCUUCCUGGAGUUUCUUCCCAGUGAAUCGCUGCAGCUGUGUUACUGCUCGAAAGAUGUAAAUAAAUUUUUUCUCCUGCUUA